AUGUUCCUACGCAUCCUGGUUGUGGUUGGCUUCAAAGUCUCUCCUUCUCACUGGAAGCUCGGAAACUUUAGCUUGAGAGACCUGGAUCGUGCGCUGCGAAUAUUUUCAGAGGCAAUGCCUACAUGUGAUCAAAGCACAGACUAUCACUGUAUUGCGCUCUUCAUUCAUGCUCUGGAGUCCUCCGGGGGAGAAUCGAGCUUCGAUCCAGGUUGGAAAUCAAAAAAGCUUAGCAACGACAUUGCUCACGGGCUCAAUGCCCGCUUCUACGGAUCUGUCCUCGGCGAAGACGAUGACAAACACUUUGAUAACUUUAUUUCGGAUACGGCAACGGCCUUGUCGCAAACGGUUGCAUUUCUCAACUGGUCUGUGGAAUCUGUUUCCGAAUUUGUCGACUUGGUCGAGUCUACGCUCCCUGUUGCGACCCCCAGAGAUCUACCUCCGCACAUUCACCAAUGA